AUGGGCCAACCAACGUCUCACCAGCGUUCUAUUAAUAAUAACAAUUUUGGAAACCACACUGUCAUCAGCCAGGGCGACAUUCAUUAUCAUCUGACACACGGUUCUCUAUCAUCCGAAGCUGAUCGAAAGACUCAUGUUAUUCCAUAUCCCCGCAACGAAGAUGUGAUCCAACGCCAAGACUUGGUGAAGCGACUGAACCUACUUCUCCCACGGGAACCAAAGUUCCACAGUGCUGCUCUUUGGGGAUUAGGAGGAUCAGGAAAAACCCAGAUCGCCCUCGACUACGCGUACCGGCGAUGCGAAGACGAAAAAUGCAGCGUAUUCUGGGUGCAUGCCGAUAGCAAAGCGACAUUUAUACACGAUUAUAAGACAAUUGCGAGCAAACUUGGCAUUGACCAAACUGCCGCUGCCGAUGGAAAUGCUCUGCUUAGAUCUGUGCGUAACGGUAUCGAGGCAUGCCUAUCGUGGGUACUUAUCCUUGAUAACGCUGAUAAUCUCGAGUUAUUUGGCGUUGGGCUGUCCGCCGAUGAAGCUUCGAACAAUCUAUAUGAAUACAUCCCAAACGGGCCUACGGGGGUAGUGCUGUGGACAAGUCGCGAUGCUCAUAUUGCAGGCACGCUGGUCGGUGCGCAAAGGGGCAUUGAGGUUACAUCUAUGGAGUCCGGCGAAGCUCUCAAGCUUCUUCAAGUAACGAGAGAUCAGAAAGAGAGUAUCGAAGAACCUGAAGAUGUUGAAACACUACUCAGGGAACUGGAAUGGUUUCCGCUCGCCAUCUCUCAAGCUGGCGCAUAUAUGAAAGGAAUGCAGAUUACUGCUUCCAAGUAUCUGAUUUUGCUUCGAGAAAGCAAACGCCGGUGGGAUAUCCUCAAAGUCACUGAGUUUGAUCGACAUCGGAGGCCCGAAAUGCCGAACAGUGUACUCGACACGUGGACCGUCUCAAUGGAACGAAUCCAAAGUGAGAACAUAAUGGCAUACCAAGUUCUCCAUAUCAUCGCUUAUCUAGACAACCAAAACCUACCACGAGAGUUGCUCAUCAAAAUCAGCCAAUGCAGCAACGAGGAUACGACUAGACAGCUAGAAGAGAUGGAAGUGCUGUCUGCAAUCAGGCGACUGCAAGAAUUCUCAUUCCUCAAGAUGCGCCAUAUAGAGGAUGGCGAUCCAAGCUAUGAGAUGCAUAAGCUUGUACAAGAAGCAGCAAGAUACAGGACAACUAUGCGAAGCCUUCAAGGAGCAUCUGAACAGGGAACUUUGAUGCAGGCAGAAGCAAGCGACGAAGUGUAUUAUAUCGGAAUUGCCUUGCAGGCACUUUCCGAGCUCUUCCCAGCUUCAGAACCAGAGUCGUGGGGACGAUGCGAGAGGUACUUGGCUCAUGCUAUCGGAAUGAGUGUCUGGGCAAAAAUAAGCAAGAGGGAGGCUGACACCUCUGAACUGUUGAGUAAAGCGUCUGGCUAUUUAUAUGACCGAGGGCGGUGGAGAGAGAAGGCAUUUGUGGACCAGAGAGCGCUUGAACUAAGACGACAAGUUCUCGGGGAGCGACACCCAUAUACGCUUGAUAGUAUAGCUUCACUUGCAGCUGCAUAUCAUUAUCAGGGCCAGCAUGAGAAAGCUAAAGAUUGUUACAAAGAGGCCAUAGAACUUCGACGACAGACGCUUGGAGAGAAGCAUCCAGACACCCUUCGGGCCACGUCUUUACUUGGAAACGUAUACCAAAGCCAUGGUCAGUAUAGGGAGGCCGAAGCUCUUUAUAAGAAAACUCUACCACUUCAGCGAGAAGUACUUGGAGAGAAGCACUUGCAUACACUUCAGAGCUUGGCUUCGAUUUCAGGGGUCUAUCACUACCAGGGCCGUUAUGCUGAAGCCAAACCUAUCAAGAUAAAAACUUUGGCUCUCCAGCGGGAGGUACUUGGCGAGAAACAUCCAUUAACGCUUUGGAACAUAGGGUCACUUGCAGCAACAUGCCAGGGCUUGGGCCAGUACGAAGAAGCCAAAGACCUCUACCAGCAAACUCUAGAUCUUCGUCGGGAGACACUUGGUGAGAACCACCCAGACACACUUCGGAGUAUAACUCAGCUCGGAGCAAUAUACCAGGAUCUGGGCAAAUAUAAACUGGCUGAAGAUCUUGCGAGAGAGGCUUUGGAGCUUGAGCUAAAGAUGCUGGGAGAGACACACCCUUAUACGCUUCAAUCCAAGCAUAAUCUAGCCGUUGCGUUGCGCAGUCGCGGCCAUUGGAAAGACGCUCUUGCUUUAAUGCAAGAAAGGGUCUUGGGAGAGUGGGAAUCGUCGAGUGGAGGUUUAGAGGCAAUCAGACAACUGUUGGGCAUAAUGAAGGAGAGAGUCAUAUUCCAACCAGAUAGCAGCCACGCCGUUAUCUAUCCAAGACUGGCUGAGCUCUCUGAUGGCACUAUUCUCGCAACAUCGGCAUAUUCCGGAGACCACCCUCCGCAUUUCCCUAUAUUUGCCAGCGAAAAUGGCGGUGCGACGUGGGAAUGGCGAAGCAACUUGACAGACCAAGUCAAUGGUUUGGGCUUUGGGUCCCAGCCUGCUUUGGCUGAGCUUACUUUUGACCUUGGACGCUUCAAAGCUGGAACUGUGCUCGCGAGCGGGAACAGCGCUGGCGCCAAUGGGACAAAUAUUGACUUGUACGCCAGCUUCAAUAAGGGCAAGACGUGGGAGUUUAUUAGCAAUGUUGCCAGAGGAAGUGCUCCGAGCACGCAAAACGGAAACCCUUGCAUUUGGGAGCCCUUUAUUCUCCCUUUUAACAACACAGUUGGCGUAUUCUAUUCUGACCAAAGAGAUCCUUUGCAUGGACAGAAGCUUGCUCAUCAAGAAUCAACGGAUCUCGAACAUUGGGGCGAUGUUAUAAAUGAUGUCGCUUACCCGCUCUACACUGAUCGUCCUGGAAUGACUGUGAUUGACUACAUCCCGCCUCUGAAGAAGUGGAUUUUCGUUCACGAGUUCCCAGGUGGCGACUCGUGGUCUGGUGCCGGAUAUCCCGUUUACUACAGGCUUUCCGACAGUCCUUUUGACUUUCGAUAUGCCUAUGGCUAUCCCAUUGUUGUCAACGGUGUGCAGCCCAGCAGCAGUCCAUAUGUUGUGUGGACACCAGAGGGCGGUAUCAACGGCACGAUCAUCGUGUCAGAUGCCGAUCAUCAAAGCGUGUUUACCAAUCGAGCAAACGGCCAGCCGGAUCAGUGGGAGGAACACAACACUCCUCAGCCAAAAGCCUACAGCCGUGCCCUCCAUAUUUUCAAGAAGUACCCCAAUCACUUGAUGAUCCUCGGUGCAGGCAAUUAUCAGGGCGUGGACCCUCCUGGAACGAAUAGGCCACUGUAUGCAAGCGUUGUGGACGUGACGAGUGUGUUGAAGAGCCGUCCAGGAGAUGGAGAUGCCUAG